CCGGAAGCAGGGAGCUCAGCGUGGAGCUCGAGCUCCAGGAGGAUUGUCCUCUAAAGACUCAUGUUGCCUGAGGAAGAAGCCCGGAAGAGGAGGGGGAGGAAAGAAAGGGAGUCAGGAAUGGCUGUUUCUCAGGAACAGUUGACAUUCAAGGAUAUUGACAUAGAAUUCUCUCAGGAGGAGUGGGAAUGCCUGGACCCUGCUCAGCAAGCCUUGUACAGGGACGUGAUGUUGGAGACCUACAGGAACCUGCUCUCCCUGGACAUCUCGCCUAUACACGUGAUCAAGAAAUUACAACUAAAAGUAAACACUGGUAGAGGAGAAGUAUUACAAACAGUGAUGUUGGGAAGACAUGAAAGGAAUAAAAUGAAACAUUUUUACCUCAGGGAAAUCCAGGAAAAUAUAUCUGACUUUGAGUCUCAGCAGAGAGAUGAGGUAAGAAAUUACAAAGGAACUCCUAUGUCCCAUAAUGAAAAUCCUACUGAUAAGAGAGAUGGACUUGGUAGGAGUGUUGCAGAAAUUAAGCCUAUUGAAAAUAGGCCUGCAUCAAGCUUUCGGGAUGAACUGCAUAUAUUUAAAAGUGAACAAAAAAUUGAUGAAUUUAAUCAAGCUGACAAGAGUAUCAGCAUUAGUGCCUCAUUUUCACCACUUCAGACAAUUUCUCCUGUUGUCCAAACAAGCAUUUCUGAUACAAAUGGGAAUGAUUUUAUGCAUCCUUCAGUACGGACACAAGACCAGAGGGCACACAGGGAACAACCUUACAAAUGUAAUGAGUGUGGCAAAACCUUUCAUCAGGUCUCAAACCGCACUCGACAUCAGAUCAUCCAUACAGAAGAAAAAAUACAUAAUUGUGAUGUAUGUGGCAAAGUUUUUAGUCGAAAUUCAGACCUUGCAGUUCAUCAGAGAAAGCAUACUGGAGAGAAAUCUUACAAAUAUAACGUGUGUGGCAAAACCCUUAAUCAUGGCUCACACAUCACUGGACAUCAGGUAAUCCAUACAGAAGAGAAUUUAUAUAAAUGUGACAUAUGUGAAAAAGUCUUUAGUCAAAAAGCAUACCUUGCAAUUCAUCAGAGAAUUCAUACUGCAGAGAAACCUUACAAAUGUAAUGUGUGUGAUAAAAUGUUUCAUCACAGCUCGAAUCGUAGAAGACAUCAGAGAAUCCAUACAGGAGCAAAACCAUAUAAAUGUGAUGUAUGUGGCAGAGUCUUUAAUCGAAAUUCAAUCCUUGCACUUCAUCAGAGAAUUCAUACUGGAGAGAAACCUUACAAAUGUAAGGAGUGUGGGAAGGUCUUUAGUCGAAAAGGAACCCUUGCAAGUCAUCGGAGAAUUCAUACUGGAGAGAAACCUUACAAAUGUAAUGAGUGUGGUAAAACCUUUUAUCACAGCUCAAUCCUCACUCGACAUCAGAUAAUCCAUAAAGGAGUGAAAUUAUAUAAAUGUGAUGUGUGUGGCAAAGUUUAUAGUCGAAAUUCAAAUCUUGCAAUUCAUCAGAGAACUCAUACUGGAGAGAAGCCUUACAAAUGUAAUGAGUGUGGCCAGGUCUUUAGUCAAAAAGCAACGCUUGCAUGUCAUCAGGCAAUUCAUACUGGAGAGGACCCUUACAAAUGUAAUGUGUGUGGCAAAAUCUUUCAUCAUAGCUCGAACCUCAGGAAACAUCAGGUAAUUCAUAAAGGAGGAAAAUUAUAUAAAUGUGAUGUGUGUGGCAGAGUCUUUAGUCAAAGUUCAUACCUUGCAAAACAUCAUAGAAUUCAUUCUGGAGAGAAACCUUACAAAUGUAAUGACUGUGGUAAGGUCUUUAUUAAAAAAGCAGUCCUUGCAUUUCAUCAGAGAAUUCAUACUGGAGAGGAACCUUACAAAUGUAAUGAGUGUGGCAAAGUCUUUAGUCAGAAAGCAGCCCUUGCAAGGCAUCAGGUAAUUCAUACUGGAGAGAAAUGUUACAAAUGUAAUGAGUGUGGCAAAACCUUUCAUCACAGCUCAACCCUCACUCGACAUCAGAUAAUCCAUACAGGAGAGAAGUUAUAUAAAUGUGAUGUAUGUGGCAAAGUUUAUAGUCGAAAUUCAGACCUUGUAAUUCAUCAGAGAAAUCAUACUGGAGAGAAACCUUACAAAUGUGAUGAGUGUGGCAAGACCUUUAAUUACAGAUCGAAACUCAGUAGACAUCAGUUAAUCCACACACAAGAGAAAUUAUAUAAGUGUGAUGUAUGUGGCAGAGUCUUUAGUCAAAAUUCUUAUCUUGCAAGACAUCAGAGGAUUCACACUGGAGAGAAACCUUACAAAUGUAAUGAGUGUGGCAAAACCUUUAACGAUAAGUCAGCCCUCAGUCGACAUCAGAUGAUCCACACAGGAGCAAAACCAUAUAAAUGUGAUUUUUGUGGCAAAGGCUUUCGUCGUAAUUCACACCUUGCAGGUCAUAAGAGAAUUCAUACUCGAGAGAGACCUUAUAAAUGUAAUGUCUGUGGCAAGGUCUUUACUCAAAAUUCACACCUCAGGAUUCAUCAGAGGAUUCAUACUGGAGAGAAACCUUACAAAUGUAAUGAGUGUGGCAAGGUAUUUAGUCAAAAUCCAACCCUUGCAAAGCAUCAGAGAAUACAUACUGGAAAAAAAACCUUACAAAUGUAAUUAGUGUGGUAAGGUCUUUAGUCAGAAUUCACUACUUGCAACUCAUUGUAGAAUACAUGCUGUAGAGAAACCUCUCAAAAAUAUUGAGUGCUGAAAAGCCUUUACUCAGAUUUCAACCCUCCCUACACAUUAGGUAAUAAAUACAGAGGGGAAACCAUAUUAAUGUAAUAUAGGUGGGAAGGACUUCCUUCAAAAUUGACACUUUAAGUUCAUGGGAGAUUCAUAGUGGUAGAAGUCAUGCAGAUGUCUUCAAUGUGACAAAGCCUUACCUACGAUCGGAUAAUCCAUGCUAGAUAGAAACCAUAGAAAUGUAAUGAAUGUCUCAAAGUCUUUAGUCAGAAUUCAUACCUUAAUAUCCACUGAAGAAUUUAUACUGGAGAGAAACCUUUCAAAUAUAAUGUGUGGCAAAUCCUUCAGUUUACUUUCAAUCCUACCUUACCAUCAGGUAAUCCAUACUGGUGAGAGAGUUUAAGUGAGGGUUUUAGCAGGUGUCCACAUGUUACGCUUCAUUGGAAAAAUCACGCCGGAAAGAGUCAGGUAAACGUAUUUAGUAUGACCAGGCCUUUCGAGAAGAAAUUCAUUCACCAAAGAAUUCAUUCUGGAGACUACCUCACAAAUGCCAUGAAUGGGAAAAACCUUUACUCAGGGCUCACAUCUCACCAAUCAUCAGAUAAUCUAUACUGGAGAGGACAUUACAGAUGUAAUGAAUGUGUCGAAGCUUUUGUGUUGUGCCUUAAACUGAGUGUUCACCAAAUACUUCAUACUUAAAAAUUCAGUGAGUAUUGCAAGGUUUCAAAUUAUUGCUCAUUCAUCACUAGAUAUCAAAGUAUUUAUCCUGGAGGGAAACCACACAAAUGUAAUGUGUGUGGCAAGAAAUGUUGUAAAGAUUUUCAUCAAGUAUCGACACCUUUGGUAUAAUGAUAUGGAAAUUUUUGAGCCCUUCUGACAACAGACUGUAUCAGAGAAUCCAUACUAGAAACAAAUGUCUUUAGUUCUUUGAGAUUAAUCUGAGAUAUUGCAUACAGCAGAAUAAUUACAAGUCACGUAUGGUAAAACAUACGACGUGUAUGACAGGAAGAAGGACAUUUGUGGAAAUGGCCCGUUACCUUCAGUGUAUAAAUAUUUAAUUAUUUGUCUUUUCUUGAAAAGGCUAUGUUGCUCUUAAUGCCUUUCAACCUGAAGUUUGAAGUCUGUUGAUUUUAUGCCUUAACUACAGGCCUUUCAGAAUGGUCUUUGGGAAAGAAUAAGAUGAGGGGGCUGACUUCAUUAGCUGUAGUUCAUCCACAUCCAUGUUGCCUGGUAAAAGUGGGACCCUUUAUUAUCAAAUUCAGUAGUGUGUGAAUUAGCAUUAGUUGGGGGGUGGCAGUGAACAGUGUAAAACUGUGACAUGACUAAUCAUGCUUAACUAUAUUCAGGCCCUUCUGUAGAUAGGCCAUUAUGGGUUACAGCACAGAAUGCUCUACCAACUGGCCGUGAACAGAGCAGGAGGGACAUUAAGGAACUGGGCUUUUCACAGAAGGAGAGUGACAGGUUCAUAGGGACUGAUUAUGUGGUAGAAACAGUACAAAGGAAAAGCUGAUCACUUUUUCCAGUGAAUGGGAAUAGCUGUUGUAUAUAUGUAUGUUCAAUGAAAAAUUAGUUUUCUUGGAAAUUGAAGAGAGAGCAGUUAGCUUGAGAGAAAAACAGUAUGUGCAUGUGUAUGAUUCACAUUUGACUGUUGCCAUUACAUUUUGCUUUGGUUUAAUUCUGAAUCGAUUAA